CGGUUCCAGCAGCUAGGUUCCGCCUCCUUCUUCAUUUUUUUUUUGUUUCCGGUUCCAGUAAGAAUCCGCCCCCCCCAAGAGCUCUCCCUCAUCAAGCUUUUAAACCCAUCUUCUUCAAGGCCUUCAACCUCUUCCUCUCCAAGUCCUCAUCUUCUCCAAGGGUUCAAGCAAAGGAAGUUGGGUUUGGAGGAUCUUGGGUUCCAUUAUCAACACUUCUUCAAGCUUUGGUUUCCGAUGCCUCCACGCCGAUCUCGACUUCCUAGGAGUCGAUCCCGUUCGCAGCCUAGCGAGGAAGAAGUUCCUACAACAUCCUUCCCUCCAGCGGCUUCCUUUUUCGGGGUCGAGUUCCCCGCGGGCAGCCUUCCUCCUCAUGCUAAUACUGGUUGUAGCCGGGAGGUCUUCUCUUUAGCUUCCGUCAGGCAGGCCGUUAGUCCACUCCCUCAGUUUGACAGAGAUCGCUCCGACGAAUCCUGUCGUUUGAUACGGGAUGGAGGGCGUCAUUGCUUACGCCAGCUGAUUACGGACGCCUCCUUCACUGCAGAUUCUACUUCCACUCAGACUUUAAAGAAGCCCGGUUUUCUGUUCGGUGAUCACGCGGAGGAUCCUGCUACGUUGACUCUUACCGAUGAGCAUUGGCUGAAUCUUCAUGAGGGAGCUCUCCUGUAUAUUCCCUCCAUUCCUCGUCAAUAUUCUUUCACCCAUUUGGAGGGACAGGCCGUGGAGCGACAUAUGUCUUGGCCUCUUACCUAUGAUGCUGAGCGAGUUCAGUGUGGAUAUACCUCUCAUCAUAAGAUUCCUGGUUCUACUGGAGGCAGCGAGCUUCGAUCACAUGAGCAUUCUGUUGCGCAGCUGAUGGCUACCGUGGCGAGGAAGGAUACAGGUAGAGCCGAGUUACUCAGCUCUUUGGAUUCCGGCCGUGAGGAAGUGGCUAGAUUGAAGGAGGCCUUGAGGCACGCCGAGGAGUCCGUUACUCUUAUUGCAGAAGACCUGGCUGGAUUAGAGCGUUCUCGUGAACAGACGCUCGAGAAGCUGGGAUCCACACAGGAGAGAUUGAUGAAGCUGAAGAAUGAAGCCGCGAAGAUCUUAAGCAGUUCCGAAGACUCUGUCCGAGCUAGUCUGCAGGCAGAACUUGAGCAGAGCUAUCAAUGA